CAGCCUAUUGCCCAUUCCAGAAUCUCCCCUCGCCUCACCCAGGCGCUUUGUCUCUGUUAGUCACGCGGGCACUCGGUCCCCAGGGCAGGAGAAUGCUUAUAAAGGCCAAGGGAGCCAGCCCCCUUUUCUCCCACUGAGAACUCUCCUCAUGCAACCGAGGGCCAUCCCCAUUGCCCAAGCCUUGCCCUUCUCCCUCAGCCAGGCCCUUCAUGAUGCUGGGCUCCGCCUGCCUCUCACCAAGAUGGGCACAAGCUGGGGAGUACUCCAGCGAUUCCUGAAGGAGGCGGCUUAUAUCCUCCUCUGCUGCUGGUGUAUUAAGGAGCUGCUAGACUAGCCCAGCGCCUCCUUCAUCUCCAAGAUUCCUUGUGUCCUUUGUGCUUACCUGAGGGUACCAAUAAAUGAGUGACGUUCAGUGCCUGCUAAGAGCCGUGGGCUUCCAGUCUCUCCACUCUGAAGCCAUUUGAUUUCUAGCGCCUCUGGACAAUCGGAGCCAUUUCCCUGCAGAAGCAGGAUCUCAGUGAGCUGGUAUGGGGGAGGGUAAGGUGGAAGUUCAUGGGAACAAGGAGGUAGGAAAUAUACUGUCCUAUGCCUUUUGUUUGUUUUGGGGUUUUGGUGGGGGGUUUUCUGUUGAGGAAACAUGGUCCUUGAUAAAAUGGGAGGGCACCAGUGAUGUACUAUUAGGGGGCUCCUCCUUCUCUAUCAUUGCUACUAUAUUCAAAAAUUUCUCUAUCUCAGAUACAGCACAUAUCACCUUCCUAUACAAAACUGCCAGGGAUAGAACGUUUCUCCCUCAGGACUUUGGAUUUCAUUAUCCUCUCAAAAUGUAGAAAAAAAGGGAUAGAACCCCAAUCCUGAUCCUCGGUGUGGUAUAGGAAAUGAGACCAGGAUGAUAGCAGAAGAGAGAAGCAGCUUCCACAAUCCAAUCUACCCCCUUCCACUCCUGUCACAAGGACCUGGCCCCCGUUUUGCUCUAACCUACCCUGUGACUCAGGCCCUGGCCUCCUGCCUCUACCAGGCCCUUUCCUGUCUCCCGACCCAUGACCAACCCUACUCCACCCAGCUGGAGUUGGUAUCUUGCCCAAAGGACGAGGGGGAGAGGUUGCAGCUUGAGUACAGGGGGCUAGGAACCCAUGCCAGGGGUAUGGAGUGGGCAAUGGGAUGCUUGGCUAAAGGGACUUUGGGGAAAUGGUGGGUGGAGAUGGGCAGAACUGUGGUCUGUGAGAGAGAGGAAAAAGGUCAGAAAAAGAAACGGUGACAGAGGGAGACAAAUUCAAUGUGCAACUUGAGCUAAGGAGAGGGUAGACACUUGGGAGGAUGAUUCCUGGCAGUUUGAGGGGACACUGUUAGCAAUCGGAAGCAUCUUUCUUCCUCCCACUUCCAUUCUCCCCUUUCAUUGCCUUCACAUCAAAUGUAUUCUCUUUCCUUUUUUCUUGAUGAACCUGGUAUUGAGGACAAUAAAAUCUACCUGCCUCCCCAGCUGAGUAGGGAAGUGGGUUGAUUUUCUCUCCACUACUCCCCCUUUCUGCCACUUACAGGUGGAAAGAGGAAAGAAGGCAAGCCUGCAUGCACCCCUUCUUCCUAUACCCUCCAAGAUUCUAGCAUAAGGACAAUGGUAUCAAACUUGAAAGAAAAAUGGGGCUGCUAAUCCUAAUCUUUCCCUAAAGAUACUGAUGGGUCACAAAUUGACAGUUUUACAAUAUUAUGUCAUCCGCUAUGUUUAUUAAAUUUAUUUAUUUUGUUAAAUAUUUCCGCAUUUUAAUCUGGUUCUCCCGCACUGGGGAGGGGACGCAGAGAGAGGAGUGUUUUACAUGAGCACCUUGCAUCCACUCCCAACCAAUAGUGCUUCCUUUCCCC